UUGACCCAGUUAAGUUGACCUAUUUAGAGCGCAAUGGUUGAUGAAGAGAAGCCGUCGUUUCCACGGCUUCUCUGGCUGAUAUUUUGCUCAGUAUGUUGCGCAUUCCGUGGCAGAAUCCUGGGCCAGGCAAGGAAGUCGAUAGCGGACGAUGUGGUCCUCAUAACAGGCGGAGGGAGAGGAAUAGGGAGGAAGAUUGCCCUGGAGAUUGCUAAGUAUCAGCCCAAACAGGUGAUCUUGUGGGCUCGCUCUCUGGAGUCAUUGGAAGUCACGGCAUCAGAAGUGACUGCUUUGGGAGUUCCUUGUGAUUUUAUGAUAUGUGAUGUCUCUGACUGUGAACAGGUUUAUCAAAGAGCCAGAGAGACACAGGAGAAAUAUGGACCAGUCACCAUUUUAGUGAACAAUGCUGGGAUAGUGAAGGGGGGUCAUGUGCUGGAGGCCCAGUUUGAGGAUAUAAAGAAAACUGUUCAGGUCAACACACUGGGAAAUUGUUGGACCAUGAAAGCAUUCCUGCCUGCAAUGAUCAGCACCAACCAUGGCCAUGUGGUGAACAUCAACUCUUGCCUGGGGUUCUCCACCAUCCCAAGGGGCGGGGAUUACUCCGCCUCCAAACAUGCCACUCUGGGAAUGAUGGAGGCACUGAGGGAGGAGCUACAUGAGAAGGGCGUGGCAGGUGUCCAUGUGACCACCAUACAUCCAUAUAUGGUCAAGAAUAGGAUGUUUGAGGGAUGUGAGACAAGGUUUCCUAAUUUGUUUCCUCCACUGGAAGAAGAUCAUGUUGCUAUGGAAACAGUGGAUGCCAUAUUGAAGAAUAAAGGAAUGAUCAUACUUCCUCUGUUGCAGUAUUUAACUUGGGUGGCUAGAAGUGUGCUUCCAGUGGAGACCAUGCUGCACGCGCUGAAGUUUUUGGGUGUUGACGUUGUGUUGACCAAGAUACCGCCACCUAGGCAACCAGUGCCUCCAAGACAGGCCCAACUAACAAAACAAGACCCGAAAUGAAAGUGAGACCCUCUCACAGGAAGUUUUCCCUCUCAAUUGCUGACUCCGAUGUGAUGAAGAAGACUGCAAAUCUGGACUUGGGGUGUCAUCUCCACACAUUCCACUAUAUGCACUUCUUAUUCUAUUUUCAAUUAUGUCAGAAACAAACAACCUAUUAUUAGAUAUACAAGUGCACGACAAUUGCCGCACAGUGAAUACUACUAGUACAGUAAAGCUGCUUAAUCCACAGUAAAUUGUGUAUUUUACAAUCACUUUGCAUGUUACCUCUGUAU